AUGGAGUCGUACUGGACAUUGUACACAAAUGCAGUCCUCAUGAGAGAGCUGUCCUCGUUCGACAUUGACACGCCCGCCGCUCCUCCUGGCUCACCUCCAACAAUCAAAUACUCGGGUCCCUGGCUCAGAACGCAACUCGUACUCUCAGCGUCGAUUGGAAUUGUCUCAUUCCUCUUGUUUUCAUACUGCCGGACGCGUUGGCCAGUCCUCUUUGCACCCCGGACAAAGCUCAAAGGAUUCUCGCCGCAUGACGCGCAUUUGCAUAACACAUUCUUCUCAUGGAUUCUGCCCACUAUCAGAACACCCGAACUCGUCAUUCUGCAGAUUGUCGGGUUGGACGCCGCUGUCCUUCUUACCUUUUUCAAAAUGGCCUUUCUCCUCUUCUCCUUUACGUCUAUUUUUGCUCUGCUCGUAAUCCUACCGUUGAACAUCUACAUGCACUCGGACGACGGAGACCCAGGAGAUGAACCACCUUCAGGAGGCGACGACCAACUCCGAAUGUUUUUCAAUGGCACCAAUCCUAAUAACCCAGAUAAAGAUCCAGACUGGUCCGACCUUAUCAAUGCUUCCAACUCGUUCCGAGCAGCCCAACUCUUGUUCACCUACAUCUUUACUGGCCUCGUGCUGCGGUCCCUCUAUCGCAAUUACCGACAAUUCGUCCGAGUUCGGCAGCUCUACUCCCUCGAGCUCGUGCAUUCUAUCGCCGCAAGAACAGUCAUGGUCACUGAUCUCCCCUCACAUCUUCAAGGCGAACGCGCAUUGGCCGUCUACUUUGAGAACAUGGGUCUCGCCGUCGAGAGCGUCAACUUGGUCAGACACGCAGAGACGCUGAACAAGCUUAUCGAUAGACGGACAGAAGCCUUGCUCAACUUGGAAUGGGAAUGGACGAAAUACGUUGGCAAUCCGAGUACAGUGGAGACGUACGACCCCUCGCAGAAUGUACGGGUAGAUCACGCACCGCUCAUUGAUUUGAGUGACUCCAAUGCAAUGGAGAGCCAGCCAGCUCGCGUCGUUGUGCCACAUCGUUCACGACCACUUGUUCGACCGGGUUGGUUCAAGCGCAAAGUGGAUGCACUGGAGUAUUAUCAAAAGGAAUAUGAAGAUCUCAACGAACAAGUCAAGAAGAAGCGCAAAGCUGGUAGGUUCAAGGCUACCUCGACGGCGUUUGUCACCUUUGAGAAGAUGUCUAGCGCGCAAAUCGCGUCACAAGUCGUACAUGCGCCUCAUCAAGCUCAGUCCAAAACCGUCCUGGCUCCAGAGCCACGCGACGUCGUUUGGUCCAACAUGACGUUUUCACCUCGUAAUCGCCAAGUCAGAGAAUUGAUUGUAAUGGCAAUCAUGGUUCUCUUGUUCUUCUUCUGGGCCGUUCCCGUCACCACCCUUGCUGGAUUCCUCAGUUACAAGGAAAUCAAGAAGACAUUGCCGUGGUUGGCAGCACUGAUUGACAAGAAUGCAACUGUCCAAGCCCUGGUUCAAAACUCUCUUCCUAGUGUGGCCAUGACAGGCUUGAACGCUGCGUUGCCAUUCUUAUUGGAGGGGCUUUCCUACGUUCAGGGCUUGCAAGCGCGCAGUUGGAUCGAGUAUUCGUUGAUGAAAAAAUAUUUCUUGUUCCUGCUUAUCAACGUUGUUUUCAUCUUUUUGUUGGCCUCGACCUAUUGGCAACUUGUUCGCGAUCUCGCAAACUCUCCAGCCAAGAUUCCAACAAAGCUAGCGGCUGCGCUCAGUAUGGGUCGCGCACGCAGCUUCUUCAUGAGUUAUGUCAUUCUUCAAGCUUUGGGUGUUAUGCCGCUGCAGCUGCUCAACCUGGGUAUCGUUAUUCCGCGGUUUAUCUUCAUCGCCUUCUUCACGCGCACGCCACGAGACUUUGCGGAACUGAACGCGCCGCCUAUGAUCAAUUACGGAGCCGUCUAUCCACAAGCGAUCCUCGUCUUUGUCAUCACCAUCGUGUACAGCGUCAUUCAGCCGCAAAUCAUGGUAUUUGGCGCUCUUUAUUUCGGUAUCGGAUACGUGGUCUACAAGUACAAACUCCUCUUUGUAUUCUAUAAACCCUACGAGUCGCAUGGCCAAGCGUGGCCGAUCACAUUCGUGCGGCUCAUCUGGGGUGUCGUCAUCUUUCAAGUUCUCAUGACUGGCAUCUUCACUCUGGAACAGUUCUUCACACUCUCUGCCAUUAUGGCACCCCUUAUCGCCUUUACAAUUUGGUGGGGUUGGACAACAUGGCAUCAUUUCAUGGGCUUGAGCAAAUUCGUGAGCUUGAGUUCCGUGUUUGAGGUGCAACGAGGAGAAGACUCAGACGAUGUCGCGCGCUUGAGAGCUGGAGCAGGCACGGUAUCUCUCUCUCAAAGCAACCUCAAUCGCAGAAGAUAUGCGCAAAACGAUGAGACGCUCUACGUCGCCCCAGAAGAUGAGCGUACAGACUAUUCGCAACCACCAAUGACCAACUGGUAUCACGGCGUUUUGAACACAGGGAAGCGUCGAUAUGGACAUCCGGCACUGACAGGAGUGCUCCCGACGCCAUGGCUUCCACUGAAAAAGGAUCAAACUCUUGCAAACUAUGUCGAUCGCGACUCCGCUAAGGCCAGCGAUGGAAACACUGUCGUGCUCACGCUCCGACGCCGCUACAGCGCCGUUCGCAAACGAGGGCAGGCCGCCUUUGGCCUCUCCAGCAAGAAUCAACCAGCUUCCGAGUCGCAUGCCGAUGGCACGGGGACAGGUGGUGAUUCCAAUGCACAAACGGUCGCGGCAUCAAGCGAAAAUCUACAACCGACUACUCGUCAAGCGUCGCAUCGGCUGAGCUUUGAUCCCGCGACGGGUAUCAUCACGCUCCCAGAUGGCGAAGUCUUCUUUGAUCGAAUGGAGAAUGGCAAUGAGAAUGAAAGCGACUCAGAUUAUGGAGAGGUCUCUGGCGAGACGGAUACACCCGAUGAUCGAAGUGGAAAUGCAUCUACGAAUGACCAGGCUGCUGCGGAAGACCAAGGAACGGAGCCACGAACGAGACGACACUCUACUUACUUCCAUCACCCGGAAAGAAGGAGGCAACAAGUGCCAGGGGCUUUCCCCGCAUGA